AUGUCAUACAUAAUUUCACCGUCUAAUGGCUACAAGACGGUUAACGACCUUGACUUGCCUUCCGGAUAUGAAACUAGUGUGACCAAGUGUGGUGGGCUUCCCAGAGUAUUAAUUGCCAUAGGCAAAUUCAUGAAGAAAUCCAGAUACAGAAUGAAAGAUAUAAACGAUGAUUUCAUGGGCGUUUUGGAGAAGAAUCAAAUGUUCCAUAGUUUAAAGGGUCAAUUCUCUUGGAUGCAGAGCUACUUUGAAGGUUGCUCAGAUUACCUCAAGCCAUGUAUCUUCUAUCUGUCAGUUUUUCCUGCAGGCCGAAACAUUAGACGGAGGCGUUUGCUGAGGAGGUGGAUUGCAGAGGGCUACUGCAAGGACACAAUUGGUAGUGCGGCAGAAGAGAAUGGGGAAAAGUUGUUCUUGGAGCUUGUCAACUUGAGCAUAAUCCAUAAGCAAGCUGAAGAAAGCAAGGAUUCAUGCCAAAUCAAUGGUUUCUUCCGUGAGUACAUCGUCUCACGGCCAAUGGAAGAUAACCUUGUGUUUGCACUGGCAGGGCGGUGCAACCCCAACUCACGGCGCUCUGGAAAACACCUCACCAUAGGGGAAGACUGGUAUAGAGAUGAGAUUGAAUUCAAGAGCUUGGACUUGUCGAAGCUGCGGUCUUUGACAGUGUUUGGGAGGUGGAAAUCAUUCCUCAUCUCGGAUGUGAUGAGGCUGCUUCGGGUGCUGGAUCUGGAGGACACAUCAGGUGUAACAAAUGAUGAUCUGGAGAAGAUCGGGAAGCUAUUGCUUCGCCUUAAGUUCCUGUCCCUACGAGAAUGUGAAGAGAUCAGCCGUCUCCCAGAUUCACUGGGUGGUAUGAAGCAGCUGCAGACUCUAGAUAUCAGGGGAACCAAUAUAGUUAGGUUGCCACCGGCUAUCACCAGGUUAGAGAAGCUGCAGUACAUUCGUGCUGUCACCAUCAAGGUGCCAUGUGUUGAUGCCGUCACAUCCACAACGACGACAUUUGUAGUAGCAGAAGCAACAAGAGCACUUGCAGCUGCAGGAGAAGAAGAUCGUGCAGCACCAGCAGCAGUAGCAGAAGCCAAUAGUGUUGGUGGUUGUACAAGCCCGUUCCUCCGAAUAUCAAGUGUUACACGGCCAUGGAGGAAGAGCAGGGCCCGUGAUUUGGUGGCAUCUAGCAGCUGGUUGAUGAGGUGGCCUGCGAGACACCAUAAUGCCAAUGACAAUAAUGGUGGUGUUGAGCUUCCAGCAGGUGUUGGGACGCUGACGGCCUUACGUGCCAUUGGUAUUGUGAAUGUUAGCAAUGGUGCAGGUGGGAACGGGAAGGCCAUCCUAGAGGAGCUCAAGGAGCUGACCCAACUGCGCAAGCUCAAGGUGUCCGGCAUCAACUCAGCAAACUGGCGCGAGUUUUGCAGUGUCAUCUCGGGUCACCGCUAUCUCGAGUCCUUAUCAGUGCGGCUUGACCAGCAGGAGGAGGUUGGUGAGUUUGCUUGUAAUUUCGAUGACAUCUCCAACCCACCCAAGACACUAGAGAGCCUCAAGGUGUACGGUCCGGGGCAGGGGCAUGCACGCAUACGGCCAGUCUGGAUCCAGCAGCUUCCCAAUCUCCAAGGCGUUGAUGUUGAGUUGACCAUAUCAACCCAAGAGGACAUAGAAAGUCUUUACAGGGCAUGCAAAGUUGCAACCGAACAUCGAGUAUCGAGACGUCGAAUUUGUAUCAAUCCGACACAAGAGCACCUCACUUUUGCUAAGCCCGACAAUGGUCCAAGUUCUUGCUUGGAUGGGUUUAGCAUAGCACUGGACUCCCUCAGGAUUGUUUGCGGCUUCAAGUUACAACACUGCUAUCAGGUAACCUUUGGAUCUUUGAUCACGUUUAAAGUUGAGAUGCUCAAGGUUCAUUGUUCUAGCAGCAGCGAUAGUUCUCAAGAUUUUGGUGGAUCAUCGUCGUCUUUGCAUCUUUCUGGCCUAGACAGUAUAAUUGCUUUCAAUCAAGUCAGGCUUACGGGUUCUUAUGGCGAACAACUUAAGCAAGAUUUGCUCGACCAACUUGCCCAGCAUCCCAGCAAACCUGUCUUGAUGGUGGAGCAACCAACUUCGAUAUGAUGGUGCUGAUCAUGUGCGGCCGGUAACAAACCUUAACCGUCCAAAUCUGUAAUGGAUACAUGCAUG